AAAUACCUUACGGAUUCAAUAUUUGCAUGAAGUUAAAAGCAAAAUAGUGAAAUUUAGUUGACCGAAAUGGCAAAUACUGGCGUAUUACCGUUUGUUAGGGGCGUUGAUUUCUCUUUGAAUGAUUUUAGUGAUGGAAGAUUUCCUCAGUCCAUCCGUCUGAUGACAGGUGUCCAAUGGCUACGAUUAGACAAUGUUAAUCUUGCCCAAAUUCCUGAAGAAAUGGGAAAUCUCAUGAAAUUGGAACACUUAUCUCUGAAACGUAAUUGUUUAGAGAGAUUGUAUGGAGAGCUCCCAGAGCUCUCUUGUUUGAGAUCAUUAAAUUUACGGCAUAACAAACUUAAAAGCUCUGGUAUCCCUUCAGAGCUAUUUCGUUUGGAGGAGUUAAGCACAUUAGAUUUAAGCCACAACAACUUGAAAGAAGUUCCUGAAGGUCUUGAUCGAGCACGGUCAUUGUUAGUUCUAAAUCUCAGUCAUAACAUGAUUGAACAAAUACCAAACACACUAUUCAUGCAUUUGACUGACUUACUACAUCUGGAUCUAAGCUAUAAUCAAUUAGAAACUCUUCCUCCACAAACUAGGAGGCUAGCAAACUUGCAAACCCUUGUCUUAAACCACAAUCCAAUGGGUCACUUUCAAUUAAGACAACUUCCCUCUCUCACAGCUUUGCACACUCUUCAUAUGCGUAGCACUAUGAGAACUUUGCAGAAUAUGCCAAACAGUCUCGAAAGCCUUACAAGUCUUUCUGAUGUCGAUCUGUCUAUGAAUGGGCUUCCACGUGUUCCAGAGGCCUUAUAUCCUCUGCCAAAUUUGAAGAGGCUCAAUCUCAGCUCAAAUAAUAUCACUGAACUCUCAUCUGCAGUUGAAAUGUGGACUAAUUUAGAGGUCUUAAAUCUCUGUGACAAUCAACUCACUGCUCUUCCUGCUUCACUGUGUAAAUUAGCAGCUUUGAGAAGAUUGUAUCUCAAUGACAAUAAAUUGGACUUUGAGGGUAUUCCUUCUGGUGUUGGAAAAUUGGGCAGUUUGGAAGUAUUCUCAGCUUCAAAUAAUCAAUUGGAGAUGAUUCCGGAGGGACUUUGCAGAUGUGGAUCACUCAAAAAACUUAUAAUAAGUGGAAAUCGACUGAUAACUCUACCAGACGCAAUUCACUUAGCAGAAUUGGAAACUCUUGACCUAAGAAAUAACCCAGACCUGGUUAUGCCACCAAAGCCAACUGAAGCCCGGCGUGGAGCAGGCAUUGAAUUUUACAACAUUGACUUCUCCCUUCAGACCCAGUUAAGACUGGCUGGGGCUAGCGCACCAAAUCCACAACCAGCUCAAAGUACCAGCAAAGAUCCUAUUGCCCGUAAAUUGCGCCUGAGGAGGGGUAGGCGUGAUCAAGAGGAAGCUGAUCAAGACCAAGCUAAAAUCCUGAAGGGUAUGAAAGAUGUUGCAAAGGAAAAGAACAGAAGAACAUUGGAAGAAGUUAAAGCAGAAUCCUUGAAGCCUAAGAGAUGGGAUGAAUCCCUUGAAAAACCCCCUCUUGAUUACUCUGAGUUCUUUGAUGAAGAUGCUGGUCAAAUUCCAGGCCUCUCUGUUUGGGAGAUAGAGAACUUUCUUCCUAAUCAGGUUGAGGAAGUUGCCCAUGGGAAGUUCUAUGAAGGUGAUUGUUACAUUGUACUUAAAACUAGUGUUGAUGACAAUGGUCAGCUUUCCUGGCAAAUAUAUUUCUGGAUUGGUGACAAAGCAACGCUGGACAAAAGAGCCUGUGCUGCAAUUCACGCAGUAAAUUUGCGCAAUUAUCUUGGUGCUCAGUGUCGAACGAUCCGAGAAGAGCAAGGGGAUGAAUCAGAAGAUUUCUUAGCUCUAUUUGAUUGUGAUAUUGCGUACAUUGAAGGCGGGCGCACGUGUAGCGGAUUUUUCACUGUUGAGGAUACGAUUUAUGUUAAGAGAUUGUACAGAGUGCAUGCUGCUGCUAGUCAUGGUAUUCACCUGGAGCCUGUUGCUGUUGCCUGCACAUCUUUAGACCCUCGCUAUGUCUUUGUUCUUGACUGUGGCUUAAAGAUUUACCUCUGGUACGGACCUCCUGCUAAGAACAUCUUCAAGAGCAAAGCUAGACUCUUGGCUGAGAAGAUGAACAAAUCUGAACGUAAAAACAAGGCUGAGAUUCUGACUCAGCUUGCAGGAUCUGAAGAUAAUGAGUUUUGGGUUGCAAUGGGUCUUGAGGAUGGUGAGCCUCCUGAAGAUCCCAUUGAAGAACAUGUUGAUGCAAACUUCACUCCUAUGCCUCCAAGGCUUUACCAGGUGCAACUUGGUAUGGGAUAUCUGGAGUUGCCGCAAGUCGAAGUUCCCCACAACAAGCUGGAGCACACUCUUUUGCAGAGCCGUAAUGUCUACAUUUUGGACUGCUUUUUGGAUGUUUUUGUUUGGUUUGGUAAGAAAUCUACUAGACUUGUCAGAGCAGCUGCUGUGAAACUGUCUCAAGAACUGUUUGCAAUGCUGGAACGGCCCUCACAUGCAUGGGUCACACGAGUGCAGGAAGGCACGGAAACCCAAUUAUUUAAAUCUAAAUUCUGCGGUUGGGAUGAAGUAAUAGCUGUAGACUUCACCCGCACAGCGGAAUCAGUUGCCAAGACAGGGGCUGAUCUUACAAAGUGGGCAAGACAGCAAGAAACAAAGGCGGAUCUUGCAGCGCUGUUCACUCCAAGGCAACCUCCCAUGCCUGCAACAGAGGCACAGCAGCUUAUGGAAGAAUGGAAUGAAGAUUUGGAAGCUAUGGAAUCAUUUGUUUUGGAGGGAAAGAAGUUUGUGAGAUUACCAGAAGAGGAGCUUGGUCAUUUUUACAGUAGAGAUUGUUAUGUGUUCCUCUGCCGAUACUGGGUGCCUUUGGAAUCACCAGAUGAAGAUGGAAAUGAAGGCAAUGAACAUGAAGAGAGACAGGCCCCACUUGAAGAUGAUUAUCAGUGUGUUGUUUAUUUCUGGCAAGGUAGAGAUGCAGGAAAUAUGGGCUGGCUUACAUUUACUUUCAGUCUUCAAAAGAAAUUCAAAUCAUUAUUUGGGGAUAAAUUGGAAGUGGUGCGAACUCACCAACAGCAAGAAAAUUUGAAAUUCAUGGCCCAUUUUAAAAGAAGAUUUGUCAUUCACAUUGGUCGCCGUAAGGAGAAGAAGCCUGCUGACCAGGCUGCUCCAGUGGAAUUUUUCCAGCUACGUUCAAAUGGAUCUGCACUCUAUACUCGCCUGGUCCAAGUUAAACCAGACGCAACUACACUUAACUCAGCAUUCUGCUACAUUCUUAAAGUUCCAUUAGACAAAGAGGCAGAGUCCAGCAUCAUUUAUGUGUGGCUUGGUUCUAAAGCAGACCCUGAUGAACUACGUCUAGUUGAAGAAAUAGCAGAGGAAAUGUUCAAUAAUCCUUGGAUUAGCCUUCAGUACAUAAAUGAAGGUGAAGAACCCGACAACUUCUUCUGGGUGGGGCUUGGUGGUAAGAAACCACAUGAUACUGAUGCAGAGUUUAUGAAGUACACUCGUCUUUUCCGCUGUUCCAACGAAAAGGGAUACUUCACAGUUUCAGAAAAAUGUUCUGACUUUUGCCAGGAUGAUUUGGCAGAUGAUGACAUAAUGAUACUAGAUAAUGGAGAACAAGUAUUCUUGUGGCUUGGAGCCCGUUGCAGUGAGGUUGAAAUUAAGCUUGCUUAUAAAUCAGCUCAGGUUUACAUUCAACACAUGAGGGUAAAACAACCAGAGAGGCCAAGAAAAUUGUUCCUGACAUUGAAGAACAAGGAGUCUCGUCGAUUUACAAAGUGCUUCCAUGGCUGGGGUGCUCACAAGAAAGCACCAGAAUAAGUUUAAUUACUGACGAAAUACAAUGGUUAUAAAUGUUAAUAACUUAAAAUUGUGAUAUGAAAUUCAAAGCACACAAUUCAUAGGUUGUAUUAUCAUUGGUUUAACAAUUUAAUUUUCUGUCCUGAUCAAGUUUAUUUGAAUUAAUUUUCUUCUUUUAGGUGUGUUGUACAUCAACCAGUUGUUUACUAGGUGUUUUUUCCCAUUGAAAAUUUUAUGAACUUUUUUUUUUAAAGUCAUUUUACCUCUUCAGUAUUUCUUAACCAAGAGAUCUCUUUUAAAACAGGCGCCAAUUUUUUUUACCAUUUGAUUUUGAAGGAAGACUGACAUGAACUGUCUGUUGUAUCAAUGAAAAGAUGUGUGUUUAACAUUGAAAGUAAGCAAGAAGCAUUUUCCUCCCUGGUCUCUCUUGUGUACCCUUCCUGGAUAUGUGAUAACCAUGUGCAAGGCAUAUUUACUUUAUGAAAGAGAUUGUUUCUUUCAUAGUGUGACCUUACAGCCAAACUACUAGUCCUGUCUGUGUCUGUUUGAUGUGUCAUAACUUAUAUUAAUUUUAUGAUAUUUUUGUUGUUAUUGUACUAAUUAUUAUGUUAUUUGUUCAUUAAUCCUCUGUUAUGCAAUGUUUAUGAUUUAGAUGAAGUUUGUGUUAUAGUCAGGCCUUGAAACUAGCUUCUUCCUAUAUUUGUCAAAUAAUGUUGCACUCUCAAACUUAGUCUUUUCUGCUUGGGUAUAGGCUCUGGUACACCAAAAAACAGGUUUCUAGCUCAUGCAUCUUUCAGUGAAAUUUGAAUUUUUACCUAAGUUGCUGUUUGAAGGCCAAUGGAUUAAAGAACUGAUAAAUUAUCAGUAUUCAUAUUGUACGUAUUUAAUUAACUGCCAAACAUUUAUAUGCUGUAUUAUAAUUAAUAAACUUAUUCCACAUUACAAUUA